UUCCUUCCUCGACUGUGAUCUGGACUUCCUGGAUACGCGUUCCACUGUUUUCUAUAGUUUUCGCGUUUUAUUUAGUGGGUUUUACUUUUAAAUCUUUACACACGAAGUCGGAAAUUGUUACAGUAAAUAAUUUUUUUUUUCGAACUUCCUCAUGAUAACGUGAAGAGGAUAACGAGGCUGGAGGAAGUGACGCCACGUCACGCAUCGACAGAGGAGACUGAUUUAACCCAAGGAGGUCAGAGUGAACCACCUGAAGCCUCCAGAGAGUCCAGCCGUUCGGCUUCACUUAUUUAUUCGGCUUUUCCCCCUCAUCAAAGCGAGGCACGAUAGUUAUUAGGUCAAAAUGACGGCGUCGAACUGGGGGCUCAUCAUGAACGUGGUGAACAGCAUCGUUGGAGUCAGUGUGCUCACCAUGCCCUUCUGCUUCAAACAGUGUGGGAUAUUUUUGGGAGCUUUGCUGCUGUUCUUAUGCUCCUGGAUGACCCACAAGUCUUGCAUGUUCCUGGUCCACACCGCCAGCCACACUAAACGGAGGACUUAUGCAGGCCUAGCAUUUCAUGCUUAUGGGAAACCAGGAAAAACACUGGUAGAGAUGAGUAUGAUUGGUCUGAUGUUGGGGACCUGUAUUGCCUUCUACGUUGUCAUUGCCGAUUUGGGUUCAAAUUUCUUUGCCCAGCUGCUUGGUUUGCAGGUAACGGGCAGUUUCCGCGUGCUGCUGCUGAUCGCCGUGUCUCUGUUCAUUGUGCUCCCUCUGAGCCUGCAGAGGAACAUGAUGGCCUCCCUUCAGUCCUUCUCGGCCAUGGCUCUCAUGUUUUACACCCUCUUCAUGUUCACGAUAGUGCUGUCAUCUCUGCGCUACGGCAUAAUCUCGGGCUCCUGGGUGGAGCGAGUUCACCUGUGGCGCUUCAAGGGCGUGAUUCAGUGCCUGCCCAUUAUCGCCACAACCUUCUGCUGUCACCCGCAGGUGCUCCCGACCUACGACAGCCUGGAAGAGCCCUCGGUCAAACGCAUGAGCACCAUCUUCACCUCUGCUCUCAACGUGGUCACCGUCUUCUACAUCACCGUGGGCUUCUUUGGCUACGUCAGCUUCACCGACAACAUCGCGGGCAACGUGCUGAUGAACUUUCCAUCAAACCUGGUGACGGAGAUGAUCCGCGUUGGGUUUAUGAUGUCUGUGGCUGUUGGAUUUCCCAUGAUGAUCCUGCCCUGCCGGCAGGCCAUCAACACCAUGCUUUUUGAGCAGCAGCAGAAAGAUGGGACAUUUGCUGCUGGGGGCUACAUGCCCCCCCUGCGCUUCAAGAUGAUCACCCUCUGCAUCGUUUUCGGCACCAUGCUGGGAGGCAUUCUCAUCCCCAACGUGGAAACCAUUUUGGGUCUGACUGGAGCCACCAUGGGGAGCCUCAUAUGCUUCAUCUGUCCUGCUCUCAUCUACAAGAAAAUCCAGAAGAGCGGCGUCGUCUCCCAGCUGGUGCUCUUUGUUGGCCUGGGAAUCCUGCUCAUCAGCACCUUCACCACCCUGUCAAUUUCCGCCGGCACCCCUGGCUACAAGGUCCGACCUCCUCCCCCUCCGGCACGCGUCAAAAGCAACGCGCCUCUUCCAGACCUUCCUGAAGUGCACGACAAGUCUGCAGUUAAUAAGCCAGUGGAUAUAAAGAAGCCUGAUCCUUUACCUGUGGGGGGUGGAGACCCCGCAGAGAGGGGUCAGGCUGAGCCCCCGCAGAUCAAAGGACCUCUUGAAUCAUCUGAGAAGGAGAAAAAGGAGGAGGACACCUUGCAGCUAGACCGCCCAGAUGCUGGUGUUGCCGUGCCAGAGGGAGAUGCACAUCGCCACGAGCCACCCAUUCCUCAUGAUAAGGUCCAGGUAGACUCCAGGAAGAAUGAUGAAGAGCUGGCGGAGGACAAGAUUCAGCAGCAGCAGCAGCAGCCUCCCCUUCCUGAAGGAGGUGUCCAGGAAGGUGUCCACGUGAAAGAAAACCUUGGAAAUCCUCCGAAGGCGGCUGACAAAGACGAUAAGCGGGACGACAGAGCCGUCCAGGCUGCUGUGGAGAAAGACAAAAUGGAACCAGAUGGCCGGGUCAAGUCCAGUGAGGUGCUGGAGAAGCCUGCUGACAAGAAGCAAGACGAAGCUUCCCGAAAAGAGGAGGCCGUUAAAGAGCCUGGAGCUGUAAAGGCAGGCGGAGCGGCCAAUCAGGCUGCAGUGGAAGUGGGAGAAGCGGGCAGACGUCCUGAGGAGGCUGGAAAAGCUCCGCCCCCUGAAGGAGAGCAACGCGGUGAGGCUGUGGAGAACAAAGACGCGGCAGACGAGAAGAUGGACGUGAUUAAAAAGCUGGUUGCAGAGGGUCAGAUGGACCAUGCCAUGCUGCUGCAGGUGAUCAAGGAGCAACAAGAGCAACAGAAGAGGCUCCUGGACCAGCAGGAGAAGCUGCUGGCCGUCAUAGAAGAGCAGCACAAAGAAAUCCACCAGAAGCAGCCUGCUGGUGCUGAUGGUGAGGCGGAGAAGGCUUCAGAAGGAGGCGCAGCCAAAGUUAAGGAGUCUGGAGAUCUAAAGGUACCUGGAGCCCCACAGCCUGAGGGGGGCGAUGCUCACCCUGUGGAUGCAGGGGUUCAAGUCAGGGAUGCUGAGGAAGCGGCUCAGAAAGAAAGCGCUGGUCUUGUACCUGGAGGAGAUUCUCAGAAGCAGAGUGAGUUGGGGGCGAGGGGAGUGCCACAAAUACCUCCCGAUCAGCCAAAAAAUGACCAGGCAGCUCAGGUGAAAGAAGAAAGAAGCAUUGAUGCAGAGAAGGAGGCCCUUGAAAAACAUAAAGGAGAGAGUCUGGAGAAGGAACAGCAGGAGAAAGAGCUAAAGGAAAAGCUCGAGAGAGAAAAGGAGCUGGAAAGAAUUCAGAAAGAAAAGGAGGCGCUGGAAAGACAAAAGGAGCUGGAAAGAAUUCAGAAAGAAAAGGAGGCGCUGGAGAGGUUGGAAAAAGAACGACUUGAAAAAGAGAAACAGGAAAAGGUGCAGCAGAAGCUAGAAAAGGAAAAAGCAGAGAGUGAAAUCAAGGUAGAGGGAGUUCAAGCCAGGGUCGAUCCAGAAGAGCUGGAAAAGGAGAAAAGAGAGAAGCUGCUCAGAGAGCAGGAGCUGGAGAGAAAACGAGAGGAUCUUCAAAGAGCAGAGAAGGAAAUGAUGAAAGCAAAGGAGGAACCGAAGGCACAGGAAGGUGAGGAGAGGCUGCAUCCAGUCAUAGAAGCCAAAAAUGAGAAGGAUUCUGCACAGGGAGGUGAAGCAAAAGACGGUCAAGCUCUGAAGAAAAACGGUCGAGACCUCAAGGAGCAACCGGUCCCAGAAGGAGGUGAAGAUUCCCACAAAUUGCAGGCGGAGAAGGGGAGGGACCAGGGAGCCGUGGAUCUGAGGCGGCGGCGUAGAGCGCUGCAACCCAGAGACGCCGAAGCCCCUCUGGACGAAUCCGCCGCUGCCGCCAGGGUCCGUGGACUGGAGCCUCUGCUGGAGCUGGGGGGCGCAGACCUGCACGCAGCCCUGGAGGAGCAGCUGGUGGCCGGGGCCAUGGUGCACUCACGGCAGAUUAAACAAGCCCCAGAGGAUGAUGGGACCAAAUGAGACAAACCCCCCAACGUCGUUGCCUUAUGCUCUUUCCAGCAGAAUGGCUGGAGACCGAGAACGCUUAGAUGCUGUGUAUUCUGAAGACAAUCCAAAGAGAAACGAUGUAAAUAUUAACUUAUUUUAAGUUACAAUGGAGAAGGGGUCAACAUUAAAAUGUAAAUACAUCUAUGCAAAUCCUAUUAAAGGUGUAUUUUUAUUGAGCAAAUGUUAUAUUUAGUGUUUGGUUGAGGUUUUUGUGUGUUUCUUAUUUGCUGAAGUUGUAAAUGUGGAUUUUUUUUUAAAUACUCAGUUUCAUGCUGGAGCUAAAAUACACAUGUUGUAGCCUUAAGGUUUAAGAAAAACUGCUCAUUUGGACUGAAUCUGAAUUUCUCAAUCAUUUUCUUAGUAUUUAUUCCUAGUUGAUGUCUUAGUGCCUUCUUGGUCCGGAUGCUGCAGCUUCAAACCCUUUUAUUUAUAUAUUAAAAAAAAACUCUGAAAUAUUUUGAUGUUCCAAAACAACUUUUUAGAAAUUUUCUUUAUUUGUUAGAGGUUCAACAUUCCAGAUCUUGACUUUGUCCAAAAGUAUUUUUCUAUGUGCAAUUUAUUUCUGUACAUAAGACCUAAUAAAAUAUCAACCACUGGU